UACCCGCUCAUGUGUGGCGUCACACUUUCCAAUCUAGAGCGUAGACUUCCAGAAUAACCACCAUAGGGCACGCCGAUGUGUAGUUUUCGUGCGUUGAGCUUUGACUGCAAUCAGGAUAUGGAAUUGCGAGCAGCCUCGUGGCAAACAGAUCUCGUAAACCGAUUUGUUUCUGUCAUACCAUAGAACGGCCGAGUCCAAAUGAACACUUAAUAACCCGACACAACAAGUCUCAUUCACUUUCCCAUAGCGCUAAGGCCCGGGCACCAGAUUGGAUUUUACGAAUUCAAUCACGUGUAGUAGUUGGUCGAGAGUACGCGUCGUAAAAGCCUUUUACAACCACAAAUCUCUGUAUUCUGUUUUCUUCCACCGGCGCCUCCUUCCGAUUCACUAUAUUUCGAUGGUGCUCGAUCGCGGCUCCAUGGCCCCGCCUCCCCUACCAGGCAAGCUCAGCACAUACUUUCGUGAUUCUGAUGACCUGGCGGUACAGUUUGAAAGCUUCGCUCAGCGCUACGGCCCUGAGGCAAAGGCUAGACUGCUUCAGCGAUUGAGUUCGGCGUCAGGGGUGUGCUCUACGAAUAAGAGACAGUCUCGCAGCAUAGAUCCAAGAUACACCACAUCAGCAGUAAGCCUUCAAUCAAGAUCCAUUGUCCCGAUGUUUGAGGACACCAAAGCCUCAGACGCGUCGAGCUCGCGCCACUUUACCCCGGUACCGGACUCCUGGGAGGCCAGCGAUCUAGAAAUUGUGUCUCCAGGAACCCUUAUUGGAGAAAAUACCCCAAUACUUGAAAGGCAUGAGGGCUUCCACCCGAAACAGAAUUAUUCAACCGCGAGAGAAUCUCGUGGCUUCAGGGCGCGGGCAGAAUCAAACACAGGGCGAGCCAGUCACACUUUCCCGACAUAUGAAGCGCACAGCCAUAGUCACGCCCAGCUCACACAGCUGCCCUCGAGCUAUAAUACAUCCACAGAUCAUGAAGACGAUCCCUUUAGACCAGUCAACUCAAAUGCCUCACAGCAUGAUCAAUACAUAAAUACCGACGAACGUGAUAAUACCGGUGGGAUCAACGCUGCUCGAACAAGUGGCCAUAAAUCUCUUAAUCGAUUUAUUGAGCGUCUCUCGGUAGAGCCCAUUGGGUCUCUUGAAUUGACCAUUACUGACAGCGAGACCGAUGAUAUCCUGUCAAGUGUUUCUGAUCAAACCACCAUAUUGGAAGAUACUCGUAUAAAUACAUCGUCUACACCACUCAGUAACGCGGCACAGAAUAGCUUUGGCCAGCGGGAAUCAAUCCAGACGGAAAAAGCUGAAGGACUGCAAACGCAAAUAGCUCGUACGAAAAUAGGUUCUGGAGCAACUCGUAACACCACCACAAUCGCAGACCUCAUAGGCAGUCCAGGUUUCAUGAACUGGCGUGCCGGACAAGGUAAACUUCGCACGUGUAUGAUGAAACUCCACAGCUAACGCUCAACAAGGUCUUGACCCCUUAACUAGCUCCAUAUUCAAGCCGUAUGGUGUCUCAAUUAGAUAUAAACCAUCUACUGGAGCCAGUGUU